UUCCUCCACACCCUCUCAGAACAAGCCACCCCCUCCACGAAAUAAAACUUUUACGCCUCCACCAAAUUCCUUAUCUUGCUGCCUCUGAUAAGAUACGUUCCAGCUUUGGGAGCCACCAUUUGCCGUCUUCCAACAAGCACACCGUCCUCCUCCCCUUCCCUCUUCACACACUGUCCACAACACCCCACCAACUUCAGCUGUCAAACUUGGAAGAAACACCCUCCGAGAAGCGCCAGAAACACGCACCAGUUCGUACGAAGUCGUGGCCGCGGGAGUGUGUCCGUGUCUAAACCAGCUACCCAGGUCAUCAGUCCUCGGUGUUGGGACUUUUCUUUGUCCCAUCCAGCGACUCAGCGAGCAAGAAGUGAAGUGAAGCUGUUCUGUGUUGCACCCCAGUGAUUAGUGAACUCUUUUUGGGCCGGAAACAGUGCCAAGAAACCGGUUCUACGCUCCUAGUAAGAUGACAAACGCCAGCGACGUGGAGUCGCCCCGGGCCGAGCACCGGCGCAUCUGCGAGCAGCUCAACAUCGAUGCCGCGACGGAGGAGCAGUCCUGGGCCUCGUUCCGGGACAUCCGGAACACGUACAACCUGGACGGUGACCUGCUGCACUGGUUGUGCUGCACGGUGUUUGUGACGUGCCGCCAAACGGUCACGCCAACCGUCGGCAACCGGAACGCCGUCCUGCAGGGCAACUGCGUCUCGCUGACGCGGCUGCUGCGCCUUUGCGGAAUCAACCUGCACGAGUUCUUCACCAAAAUCGGCCAAUGGGUGGAGAUGGCCUCGCUGCCGGAGGAGAACCGCACCGCGAUCAACACGCUGCAGCACAGCUUCAAGGUGUCGAUGGUCAUCUACGGCAAGUUCUGCGAGCUGUUUACGCUGGUGUUCCGGCCGCCGAACCAGGACGAGCAGAAGCGCAGCAAAAAGUCCAAGCCGGUGCCGUGCAGCACGAACCGGCUGCACGAGUUUUGCUGGACGUUGUUCAUCUACGCCAAGCACGAGUACCCGGAGCAGAGCGCGGACGUGGUCACGUCGUGCAACAUGAUGCUCUGUUGUUUGGAUUUGGUGUACUCGAACGCGAUCGCCGACGGCCGCCGAGACAUUGUCAAUCCGGACUUUGAGGGGCUGCCAGCGGACUUUAUCGCCGAAGGACGGAUCCCGCUGGAACCGCUUUGCAUCAUCGAGGCACUGAGCGAGGCCAACUGCAGCAGCGAAGCGCUUGUGACGAAGAACACCAUCUGGAAGGACGUCAUCGAGACCCUGUUCCAGACGAAUGUCCUCCGCGGGGACGCCAACAGCUUCACCGGGCUCAUUUCCCUCGCCAAUUUCGAUGAAAACUUCAAGUCGCUCAACAGUCGCUACGACACGUUCAUCCUGAGCUGUGGCGAGUUUGACGAGCGAAUCGCGCUCGGUCAGAAGAUCGUGGAGAACCCCCGGAUCAAAUCGGAACGGGAUGCGCCGGAACGUAUCCCGCUGUGCCAGCAAACGCCGCUGAGCGGUCGGAGCCGGAUCAGCAAAGAUGAGUGCAAUAAUAAAUUCACCCCCAUUUCCACCGCAAAUGCCUCGGUCAACAAGUUGCGCAUGAAGCUGCGCUACGACGGAGAACCGCACGGGUCGCUGCGCGAGCUGCUCAAGUUCUGUGCCCAGGAUCCGAUCGCCAUCGUCACGGGACGGAUCGCGGCCGAGCGGGAGAAGUUCAGCAAACAGAUGCGCGAGCAGAACUGGAACCAGAAGAGCACCACCGCCCGGUUCGACAUGAUCGAGGCUCUGUACUACCGGCUGCUGGAGAACAUCAUCCGGGCGGAGAUUCGGCGCCGCGGGGGAAACGUCAUCCGGCAGGUUUGCUGCGAGGAAAUGUUCAACAAGACGCUGUUGGUGUGCUGCGCGGAGAUCGUCAUCUACGCGCACAAUCUGCAGCAGAACUUCCCCUGGAUUCUGAAGAUGUUCGACAUGCAGCCGUUCAUCUUUUACCGGAUCAUCGAGAUGGUCAUUCUGUACCACAACGAUCUGCUGUCGCGCGAUCUCAUCAAGCACCUGACGAUUAUCGAAGAGCAGUGCCUGGAGUCGCUAAGCUGGCAGAGCUCGUCCCCCCUGUGGACUGUGAUGGACAACAUCAAGUACGAGGUAACGGCGAGCCACGGCGUCGAGUCCUCGACCGACCUGUCCGGAAUCACACCGCACAAGCCCGGUGACAGCGUCACCAAGGCGAACGGCCAAGCCAAGCUGGAGGCGACCCCGUCGACAUCCGCUGCGGUCGCCGCGGUUGUCUCCGCGGAGGGCCGAAAGGUGUCCAACCCGGACUCGGCCAAAAAGCGUCUGUUCAAGCUGGACGACGAUGAACCGAAAGCGUCCACUUCCGCGGACGAUCAAAAGCCAACCACAAGCAGCUGUGAGGCUGAAACCGAUAAGAAAGACCCACCGAAAGAACCGGUUGGACCACGUGCCAACCUGAACCAGCCGUUUCUGUCGACGCUGGGCUUUAACUCUCCGCUGAAGCUGCCCGUGCCGAACGGAUCUCUCUCGAAGCAGCGCCCCGGAGCGAGUUCGUUGAACCUGUUCUUCAGAAAGUUCUAUGGGGUGGCCGCCGUUCGGAUGAAGGAUCUGUGCAACAACCUCGGACUGACCAGCGAUGACAAGCAGAAACAGAUCUGGACCAUUUUCGAGCACUCGAUUGUGCACUGCACGCGGGAGUUGAUGCGCGAUCGGCACCUGGACCAAAUGCUGAUGUGUGCGAUAUACGUGUUUGUCAAGGUCACCAAGCUGCCGAACACGUUCACCGACAUCAUGAAGUUCUACCGCAUCCAGCCACAAUCGAACAGCCACGUGUACCGGAGCGUUUUCAUCGCGCGCACCACUCCGGCAGACCAGCAACAGCAGCAAAAUGGCGAGACUCAGCGUGACGAAGUCACCGUAACCCGGGGGAUCGCUCCGAUCGAUCUGGCCGGAGUGUCGAUGCAGCACGGCUCGGAGGAACGGGGCGACAUCAUCAUGUUCUACAACAAGGUGUACGUCCCGCUGAUGCAGGAGUUUGCCAUCCCGUUUGGCAACGGGGACAAGCGCUCGUUGAUGCUGUCGCCGCCGCCGAAGACGCCCAGCCGGAGCGUGAUGCAGUCGCCGAAGCAGAUCGACGGCCGCAUCUCGCUGUACAUCACGCCGAUGGACCGCAAGUGCGCCGACCUGAAGGAGUCGCCCAACUCGGUCACGUAUCUCAUCGAUCGGAGCCCGGCGAAGGACCUGGACGUCAUCAACCGCAUCGUCAAGAACGCGAGUAUUACCGGCUGCAAGCGCAGCCUGAACGACCCGGAGUCGUACGAACCCCCGGUCGGUUUGAUCAAACCGAGGCGAAAGAACACAAAACUGGACCGGCUCAUCUCGGACCGUCAGCAAUAGUGGGUGGCUGCCGCCACCGCUGAUAAUUCUAAAUAAUUGUUUUGGUUUUUUUUAUCUUCUUCCUUAUCCCACCCCACUCCACCCUUUCCUUUGUUAGUAGAUAAGUUGAAUCACGAUCGCGAUCGUUAUAAUAUUAUGGAGACAAACAGAAACAACAUCUUAACGAUACAACAUUAUGAAUUGUACAAUCCCCUUUAACUUUUAGCGCGUUUAAUUGUAAAUUUAACUCGUUUGUGUAAACAAAACAAGAAUACACACAAAGCUCAAUCGUGCUGAACUUUGACCAUUUUAUUCGACAAUACAGGAUUUUUUUGCGUUUUUUUUUGUUUCGUCGCUCAACCAAUCAUUCACAAUGUCAUCUUGUGAUCUCGUUGUGUGAGUCCCAACCCAACCCACCCGCGUUCGCCGUCCGUAUCAGCUGGGAGUUUAUCAUCAAACAGAAAAAAACAAUACCAACACGUAAUUGAUCUCAAAAUCGGGUCUGUUAUAUUUAAUAACGUUUAGCUCUAUUUAUUUAUUUAACGAACAUGAGAUCGAAUUUUGUUAGUCGAAAUGUUAUAUUCAUCGGACGACUCGUUUGCAAUCCAUUUCUACGUUCCUUCUGCGCGUAACGAAAAUAUUCUAGCCGAACCAACACACUUUUCCCACUUUACUAAAUUCCGGUGUAAUUCUAACGCGAAUUUUGUGAUUUGAGUGCCUUAAGUCACAAAUUUCACGCAAAUGCAAAACACACCCUUUAUCAAAAUUAUUCUCUCACAAUAGUUUUUCCAACAGCUGGUGCGGAACGCAACGCAAAAAGAUCGAUUUUGUGGAGUUUGAGUAGAGUCGAUGACGAAAACUAGCUUGUUUAACGACGCGAUCGUGCUUAAUAUUAUUAUUCUGUUGCUUUAAUUUUAUUAACAAUGUGAUUAAUUGAAGGAGAGAGGAUUAGCUCGUGUACCAACAUAUUUUACGCUACCCAACUAUAAGAUACACAAUAUAUAUAUUUUCGAUUAUAUUUUCUUCUUCCCCGUAUAAAGCCCUAAUAAAUCGAUUCGAUCCAAAA